UGUCCACAUUAGUCUUCCCAUUGAAGUAAAGUUGGUUGAAGUUGUCCACAUUGAGUGAGAAAGUGGCCAACUAAGAAGCCUUACUCUCUUUUUCUCAUCAGCAUCAUCAUGGAACCAAAAGAAAGAAAGUAAAAUAAGUAUUAGUACUAAUAUAAAUCCCACAAAACAAAGAAAAUUAUAAAUCCUUCAAAAGGGGAAAGGUAGCUAGAGGAAAAGUAACUCCACACAACACAUCACAGCCUAAGAGAAUUGGAUUCUAAGCUCGAGAGAGAGAGAGAGAGAGAGAGAGAGAGAAGAAAGAAUCAUGUGGUGCUGGAAAGGAGAGGGAGGCUAGAAGAAGAAGAAAAAAAGAAGAGCUAGAGAGAGGGUACCCUCUUGUUAAUUUGCACUGUUUUUGUGUCUGUUGCUGCACUUUUAGGAGUUCUUCUAUUCUAACAACCUCUGCCAACCAACACAAGCCUGAAAAUAAAAUAAAGAUGCUGCCUCCUUGCUGGAGAUCGUUCGGGAAGAAACAGUAAUGCUACUGACAUGGGAAAGAAGGGGAGUUGGUUUUCUGCAAUCAAGAGAGUUUUCACACACCACUCCAAGGGGAAGCAGGAUUCAGAUAAUAACAAAGGCACAAAAGAGAAGAAGAAAAGUCUAGGAAAACUAAAGCAUGGAGAGACCAAUUCAUUCAUCCCCCUCUUCAGAGAGCCAAGCAGCAUUGAGAAAAUCUUCGGGGACUUCGAAAGGGAGCAACAAUUACUGGGGUUAAGGCCUGCCACUCCUCCGGAGAGACCUAAAACACCACCUUAUGUCCCUCCAAGAGCUCCUUCUCCUAGACCUCCCUCUCCGAGGGCUCCUUCUCCAAGGCCUCCAUCUCCAAGGGCUGCUUCUCCGAGGGUGGCUUCUCCACGAGUUACCUCUCCCAAAGCCGCGUCUUCCCGGAUUGCUCAUCACCACAAGGAGGUUGGCUACAGACCAGAGCCAACUUUGAGGCAACAGCAUGCCACAGCUACUAAGAUCCAGUCUGUUUACAGAGGCUAUAUGGCCAGGAGGAGUUUUAGAGCUCUAAAGGGUCUGGUGAGGCUUCAAGGAGUGGUAAGAGGACAGAAUGUGAAGAGGCAGACAGUAAAUGCCAUGAAACACAUGCAGCUGUUAGUGCGAGUUCAAUCUCAGAUUCAGUCUCGAAGGAUCCAGAUGUUGGAAAACCAGGCACGAUAUCAAGCCGAUUUCAAGAAUGAUAAGGAUGCAGCCAGUAUCUUGGGCAAACUCACUUCUGAAGCAGGCAAUGAAGAGUGGGAUGAUAGCUUACUGACCAAAGAGGAAGUAGAGGCAAGAUUGCAGAGGAAGGUGGAAGCAAUCAUCAAAAGAGAAAGAGCAAUGGCAUUUGCAUAUUCACAUCAGCUAUGGAAAGCCACUCCGAAAUCAACUCACACCCCGAUGACAGAUACACGAUCCAGUGGAUUCCCUUGGUGGUGGAACUGGUUGGAAAGACAAACACCUGCAGCAACUCCACAAGAAAGACAAAGCUUGAAGAAUUUUCAAAUCACACCUCCAAGACCAUACUCAGAGCAAAAGACUAGUCCAAGACCUGGCUCCAGCACUCAAAGGCAGCCGCAGUCGCAGCAGCAGCAGCCUCAUGUUUCCUUUGAUAAUAUGGACACUCCCACACCAAAGUCCACAAAAUCAACCAUAGUGGCAUCUUCAAAACCGGUGCGAAUGCCUCCAUUUAGAACUCCUCAGGCUAACAGCUCAGGCUCAGGCUCUAAAUAUCCGAGACCAAGGGAUGUAGGGUCCAAUUCACCCUUUGAUUUGCCAUUGAAGGAUGAUGACAGCCUCACAAGCUGCCCACCAUUUUCAGUGCCAAACUACAUGGCUCCAACCCUUUCAGCCCGGGCCAAAGCACGUGCUAGUAGUAAUCCUAGAGAAAGGCUUGGUGGAACUCCAACUAGUACUGAUUCAAAGAGGAGGCUCUCAUUCCCUUUAUCACAAGGAAUUGGAUCAUUCAAGUGGUCUAAAGGGUUCUCAAGCAAGGAUCAAAGGGUGCCAGACAAAUUUCAGUCACUUGAAUCUAUAGGAAAUGUGAGUGUGGAUUCAACGGUGUCUUUGCCUGCAAGGGUGGUGGGAAGAAAGCCUUUUACAAGAUUUGUGUGAUUUAUUCUGUUCUAUUCUUUUCUUCCUUUUUUUUUAACCAUUUUAUUUUGUCCAUGUUGGUGGUGCUAUCAGUUACAUUAUGAUUAUGAUUUGAGUGUAUUGGUGAUAGUUUGAUAACAGGUAUACCCGUUGUAAACUAAUAAAAACAUAAUAGAAAAUGAUGGUUUGGUAACUUUGAUUGGAUUU